AUGCCCUCUUCCGCGACUAUCGACAUCACACAGCGCUCCUUCCCCGCUGCUUCUCGCGAAAGUGAAGGCGGGAAUCUUCCCGCUUUCUGGAACGAUCCCAGACUCUCAGACAAGGUGCGGGGAGCGUGCGCGAUCGCGCGUGCCAAUGGUUACGACCUCAUCUGGAUCGAUUCGUGUUGCAUCGACAAGACGGGCAGCGCGGAGUUGUCGGAGGCCAUCAACUCCAUGUACCUGUGGUACAACGCAUCGGCUGUCUGCUACGUCUUUCUCGUGGACGUCCCUCCGGGAGACAGCGUUGAGGCAAUGGACUCACACUUCCGGGAGAGCAGGUGGUUCAAGCGCGGAUGGACGCUGCAGGAGCUCCUUGCGCCUCGGAACGUCCAGUUCUUGGCCAGCGAUUGGCGUCUCCUAGGCUCAAAGGCGAGCUUGGCUCAAGUUGUCGAGGAGUGUACCCGGAUCGAUGUCGAGGUCUUGACGCAUAUACGCCCUCUAGACAGGGUCAGCGUCGCGAGACGGAUGUCCUGGGCGGCGAACCGGGAGACCUCGCGGAUAGAAGACCGGGCUUACUCACUCAUGGGAAUGUUCGACAUCAGGAUACCUACCCUUCACGGAGAAGGACAAGGGGCUUUUAGAAGGCUCCAGGAGGAAAUCCUUCGCCGUAUCCCCGACCAAAGUCUCUUCGCAUGG